AUGUCGGAACCACUUACCAAAGUCGACUCUGCCGUCGAGGGUCUUCCCGAAUCUCCCGUCAAGGAGAAGGCUGGCCAUAGGAGAGCCAGCUCUCACGUGGCAGGAGUUGCCAGCGUGAAGGACAUGUGGGAAACCAAAACCCCGCUUGCAGUAGCCAAGGAAACACAACAGACGGGAUGGAAGAUCAAUACCUCUGCUACGUCAGUAGAGGACAGGGACAUCUUGGACAAGCCAUUGGUCACACCCCUGGUCAGAGCUAUUGAACUACACUUCAAACAUGGUGUCGUGGUGACCGCGCGGAACAGAACAGGCGUCACCAUCAAGGAUGCGUUGACUGCCAUCCACAGACAGUACAAGAAGAGGACAGACGACGAGCUCGGCGAACCAUACCUGAAGGGCUUCGAGUGGGUCCCCGACCACGAGGAGUACGCUGAGACGCCGGAAAAGCAAAAGGAAAAGCAAGACGAUUGGCAGCAGCUCUACAUCCAUCUGUCAUCGACGCCUGGUGUCUCCAACUCCGGCGGCAAGAAGAAGAAGAAGGAAAAGAACGCCGAGUAG